CCGGAGGCUCGUCAGGAGGAAGGAGGGAGCGCGUGUGACUCUUCGUCAGACACCUGCUAGUGACCACUUCCUGACCGCUGGACACGUUAGUGGGAAGGAUUCGAGCAGGAACUUUGGAGAGAGCGAUGGCUGAGAGGGACGACUGUGCGCUGGAGAAGCCGCGGAUCCAGUCAGAGAUCAGGAAGUCCUCCAAGCCGAUCAUGGAGAAGCGGAGACGCGCGCGCAUUAACGAGAGUCUGGGCCACCUGAAGACCCUCAUCCUGGACGCGCUCAAGAAAGACAGCUCCAGACACUCCAAACUGGAGAAAGCCGACAUCCUGGAGAUGACUGUGAAGCACCUGAGGAACCUGCAGAGGCUGCAGAUGACAGCUGCUGUGACCUCUGACCCCGGCAUCAUGGGCAAAUACAGAGCAGGCUUCAGCGAGUGUGUCGGAGAAGUCACUCGGUUCCUCUCCACCUGCGAAGGAGUCACCGCCGAGGUGAGGACUCGGCUCCUCAGCCACCUGGCCUCCUGUGUCACCCAGAUCAACGGAGUGAACUUCUACGCCCCCCACCCCGCGGGACUCCCACAGACCCCGCCCUACUGCGCCGUGUCUCCUCAGAACCCUUGCAAAAGCGGCCCCUCAUUGCAAGCCUCUCCAGAAGCCAUGAAGGUGUACGGAGGUUUUAAGGUGGUGCCCACGCCGGACGGACAGUUUGCUUUCCUGGUGCCCAGCGCCGCGCUCUCACCUGCACAGAGCUGUCACAUGUCCCCGCUGGCCCCUCCCCUGACCUCUGACUCCGUGUGGCGGCCCUGGUGAGACGCAGAAAUGAAAGGACUUUGUACAUAAAGAGAUUGUUUUGUUAUACGGAUGCUACUUCCUUUACUUUUGUAAAAGCACAAAUGUUUACCUCUUGAGGUAAAUAUGUUUGAA